AUGGACCAGGCAAGCUGCUGGACCAGGCAAGCUCCUGGACCAGGCACGCUCAUGGACCAGGCACGCUCCUGGACCAGCUUACCAUCACCCCGCCCCAUUCUCCCGCUUUCCAUCACCCCGCCCCAUUCUCCAGCUUUCCAUCAUCCCGCCCCAUUCUCCCGCUUUCCAUCACCCCGCCCCCAUUCUCCCGCUUUCCAUCACCCCGCCCCAUUCUCCCGCUUUCCAUCACCCCGCCCCAUUCUCCCGCUUUCCAUCACCCCGCCCCAUUCUCCCGCUUUCCAUCACCCCGCCCCAUUCUCCCGCUUUCCAUCACCCCGCCCCAUUCACCCCGCCCCAUUCUCCCUCUUUCCAUCAACCCGCCCCAUUCUCCCGCUAUUCUUCACCCCGCCCCAUUCUCCCUCUUUCCAUCACCCCGCCCCAUUCUUCCGCUUUUCACCACCCUGCCCCAUUCUCCCUCUUUCCAUCACCCCGCCCCAUUCUCCCUCUUUCCAUCAGCCCGCCCCAUUCUCCCGCUUUCCAUCACCCCGCCCCAUUCUCCCGCUUUCCAUCACCCCGUCCCAUUCUCCCUCUUUUCAUCACCCCGCCCCAUUCUCCCUCUUUCCACCACCCCGCCCCGUUCUCCCGCUUUCCAUCACCCUGGCCCAUUCUCCCUAUUUUGAUCACCCCGCCCCAUUAUCCCGCUUUCCAUCACCCCGCCCCAUUCUCCCGUUUUCCAUCACCCCGCCCCAUUCUCCUGCUUUCCAUCACCCCGCCCUUUUCUCCCGCUUUCCAUCACCCCGCCCCAUUCUCCCGCUUUCCAUCACCCCGUCCCAUUCUCCCUCUUUUCAUCACCCCGCCCCAUUCUCCCUCUUUCCACCACCCCGCCCCGUUCUCCCGCUUUCCAUCACCCUGGCCCAUUCUCCCUAUUUCCAUCACCCCGCUCCAUUCUCCCACUUUCCAUCAUCCCGCCCCAUUCUCCCGCUUUCCAUCACCCCGCCCCUUUCUUCCUCUUUCCAUCACCCCGCCCCAUUCUUCCGCUUUCCAUCUCCCCAACCCAUUCUAACGCUUUUCAUCACCCCGCCCCAUUCUCCCGCUUUCCAUCACCCCGCCCCAUUCUACCGCUUUCCAUCAACCCGCCCCAUUCUUCCGCUUUCCAUCACCCCGCCCCAUUCUCUCUCUUUCCAUCUCCCCGCCCCAUUCUCCCUCUCUCCAUCACCCCGCCCCAUUUUCCCGCUUUCCAUCAUCCCGCCCCAUUCUCCCGCUUUCAAUCACCCCGACCCAUUCUCCCGCUUUCCAUCACCCCGCCCCAUUCUCAAGCUUUCCCUCACCUCGCCCCAUGCUCCCGCUUUCCAUCACCCCCGCCCCAUUCUCCCGCUUUCCAUCACCCCGCCCCAUUCUUCCGCUUUCCAUUACCCCGCCCCAUUCUCCCGCUUUCCAUCACCCGCCCCAUUCUCCCGCUUUCAAUCACUUCGCCCCAUUCUCCUGCUUUCCAUCACCCCGCCCCUUUCUUCCUCUUUCCAUCACCCCGCCCCAAUCUCCCGCUUUCCAUCACCCCGCCCCAUUCUCCCGCUUUCCAUCACCCCGCCCCAUUCUCCCGCUUUCCAUCACCCCGCCCCAUUCUCCCUCUUUCCAUCACCCGGCCCCAUUCUCCCUCUUUUCAUCACCCGCCCCUUUCUCCCUCUUUCCAUCACCCCACUCCAUUCUCCCUCUUUCCAUCACCCCGCCCCAUUCUCCCGCUUUCCAUCACCCCACCCCAUUCUCCCGCUUUCCAUCACCCCGCCCAAUUCCCCCUCUUUCCAUCAACACGCCCCAUUAUCCCGCUUUCUAUCACCCCGCCCCAUUCUCCCUAUUUUGAUCACCCCGCCCCAUUCUCCCGCUUUCCAUCACCCCGCCCCAUUCUCCCGUUUUCCAUCACCCCGCCCCAUUCUCCUGCUUUCCAUCACCCCGCCCUCUUCUCCCGCUUUCCAUCACCCCGCCCCAUUCUCACGCUUUCCAUCACCCCGUCCCAUUCUCCCUCUUUUCAUCACCCCGCCCCAUUCUCCCUCUUUCCACCACCCCGCCCCGUUCUCCCGCUUUCCAUCACCCUGGCCCAUUCUCCCUAUUUCCAUCACCCCGCUCCAUUCUCCCACUUUCCAUCACCCCGCCCCAUUCUCCCGCUUUCCGUCACCCCGCCCCAUUCUCCCGCUUUCCAUCACCCCGCCCCAUUCUCCCUCUUUCCAUCACCCCGCCCCAGUCUCCCUCUUUCCAUCACCCCGCCCCAUUCUCCCUAUUUCCAUCACCCUGCCCCAUGCCUCCCUCUUUCCAUCACCACCCGCCCCAUCCUCCCUAUUUCCAUCACCCCCGCCCCAUUCUUCCGCUUCCAUCAACCUCAGCCCGCCCCAUUCUCCAGCUUACCAUCAGCCCGCCCCAUUUUCCCGCUUUCCAUCACCCCGCCCCCAUUCUCCAACUUUCCAUCACCCCCAUCCCCAU